UAGUGAAUCAAAACCCACUUUUUGUUUAAUGCAUAAUUUUUAUUUUUUUUUAUAAAAAUCCAAACUUUUUGCAGUGGUUGAGGUAUCAGUUGCAAAUUGAAAGCUUCUUUUUCCUCAAAAAGCAAAAAAAUGUCGUCGGAUUUCUCCGGCGGAGUUCCUGACUUUUACGGCGGCGCCGGAAGAUCCAACUCGAUUCCGAUGAACAACGCUCGGCCACAAAUUCAAUUCCCCCACCGUCCUGAUGGAGCUUCUCAGAAUUUCCACCGGAGACCUACGUUCAUCGGCAAACGAUCACUCGCAGCCUUUCAACAGCAGCAGCAGUUUCAGUUUCUACAACAGCAGCAACAAUUUCAAUUUCUGCAACAGCAACAACAGCAAGGUUUGGGAUUUUAUCUUCGUAACGUAAAGCCUAGAAGUUACCAGCAGGCAUCUCCAAUUUCUCCUCUAGAUUACUCUGUUUCAUCCUCGUCGAUUUCAUCUGAAUUUUCUCCCAUGACUGCACGCCAUCCCCUCCCGAUUUCUACGGCGAACACCAAUGGGGUUUUAUCUUCUGGUAACCCGGAUUGUUCUGCAGUUGCUUCUUACCUAAAUCAAGUACAGAACAGUUUAUACCAGGAAUCAGAGGAAAAAAUGAUGAAUCGACUGCAUGAGUUAGAGAAACUGCUCCUAGAAGACAACAAUGAGGACGAAGAAGAUACAGUCUCUGUUGUGACUAACAACGAUGAGUGGUCGGAAACAAUAAAGAAUCUGAUUACUCCGAUUAGUAACCACCUAUCCCCGGCAUCAUCUACGUCUUCAUGUUCUUCUUCUGUGGAAUCUCCGCCAGUAUCUUCUCCCAAGCAGUCAAUUGUCGAAGCUGCUACCGCAAUAACAGACGGAAAAACCAAUGUUGCAGUACAGAUCCUCACGCGCCUCGCACAGGUCGCUGAUGUUAGAGGUUCUUCCGAACAGCGGCUGACGGCGUACAUGGUGUCGGCACUCCGAUCGCGCGUGAACUCAACGGAGUAUCCACCUCCGGUGAUGGAGCUGCAUAGCAAAGAGCACGCAGUUUCAACCCAAAAUCUCUACGAGAUAUCCCCGUGUUUCAAGCUUGGAUUCAUGGCAGCUAAUUUAGCCAUUGUUGAAGCUGUAGCUGAUCAUCCCUCAAACAAAAUUCACGUCAUUGAUUUCGACAUAGGACAAGGUGGACAAUACUUACAUUUACUACACGCGCUAGCUACCAAGAAUACAGAUUAUCCCAUCAGCUUAAAAAUCACGGCGAUCACAACAGAGUUCACGGGCAGAGCUGAUAACAGAGUAAAUUCCAUUGAAGAUGAUCUGAAAACUCUAGCAAACAAAGUCGGGAUUUCCUUGAUUUUCAAUAUAAUUUCAUGUUCAAUCACCGAUUUGAGUAGGGAAAAAUUAGGGAUUGAACACGACGAAGCUUUAGCAGUGACUUUCGCAUACAGAUUAUACAGAUUACCCGACGAGAGCGUAACAACAGAGAAUCUAAGAGACGAGCUUCUCCGGCGAGUAAAGGGGUUAUCACCAAAGGUGGUGACAUUAGUAGAGCAAGAGUUGAACGGGAACACGGCGGCGUUUGUGGCGCGUGUAAACGAGGCGUGUGGCUAUUACGGAGCAUUGUUGGAUUCACUGGACGCAACUGUAUCAAGAGAUGAAACGGGUCGGGUCAAGAUCGAAGAAGGGCUGAGUCGUAAAUUAGCAAAUUCGGUAGCGUGUGAAGGGAGGGAUCGCGUAGAGAGAUGCGAGGUGUUUGGUAAAUGGAGGGCCCGAAUGAGUAUGGCUGGGUUCGGGCCGAGGCCCAUGAGUCAACAAAUUGCUGAUUCACUGCUUAAGAGGCUUAAUUCGGGCCCACGUGGCAACCCGGGAUUUAAUGUAAAUGAACAAAGUGGGGGUAUUAGGUUUGGAUGGAUGGGAAAAACCCUCACCGUUGCUUCUGCUUGGUGUUAAUGUUAACUUGUUGUCACAAGAAUAAAAGUAUUUUAUUUCUUUUUAAAAUUAGUAUAAAGAUAUUGCGAUUAGUAUAUAGAUUUUCAUUGUAAUAUGGUGUACUAGAGGCUUUGUUAAUAGUAAAGUACUACUGUUAGUUA